AUGUCCCAGAACAUUGCUCACAAGCGCCCCUACCUAUCCUGGAGUCAACCCUUCCCUGAGGCUCUUCACGGUGACCUCUGUCCUCUCGAUCUGGCUGUCCCCCUUGACCUCAUCUCAGGUGUGGAGGAGCAGGAAGUCAUCCAGAUCCCUAGCAAUGGGAGUGCUCCCCUGCUCGUGAGUGCACAUGUGUUCGUGUCCAACGUGUUUAAUGUGGACAUCCUGCGCUAUACCGUGUCCUACGUGCUGAUGCUCCGUCUGGCCUGGUUGGAUGCCCGCCUGGCCUGGAAUGGCACCAUGUACUCACGGAAAGUUGUCACAUUGCCCACGAACUUGCUGUGGACACCUGAACUCUCCAUCCGGGAAGCGCUCUGGACAGACUGGAAGGACGAGAACCCGCAGGCCACAGUGGGCCAGGACGGCCACGUGGAGGUCAACCUGGCUCUUACCACUGAGGCCAACUGCGACUUUGAGCUCCUGCACUUCCCCAGGGACCAGAGCAGCUGCAACCUCAGCUUCUUCGUUUUUAGCAACUCUGUGAAGGAGCUGGAGUUCCAGGUCCAAGUGACAAAUGAGAUUGUGAGUAUCAAGAGGGAGUAUGUGGUUGACGCUGUAGAAACCCAGGUCCUAAAAGAGCAGCUGGUGCCCUGCUUCCAGGUGACGCUGAGCCUGCGGAACACAGCGCUCAAGUCCAUCAUAGCUCUCAUCGUCCCCGGUGAGGGCUUGCUGCUGGCGGACAUGUGCGGGGGGCUGCUACCCCUGCAGGCCUUUGAACGUAUGGCCUACAAAGUGACGCUGCUGCUGGGCUAUCUCGUCUUCCACUCCUCGCUGGUGCACGGCCUGCCCAGCUCCUCCUCCUGCAACCCACUGCUCACUUAUUUCUUCACCAUCCUGCUGCUGCUGCUCCUGCUCAGUACCGUGGAGACCGUGCUGCUGGCGGGGAUGCUGGCCCGGGACACCCUGAGGGCCGGGCAUAGCCCCAGCCCAGCCCCGGAGCCUGACACGAAAGACCCUCGCAGAGGAGGAGAGGGGUCCAGGAGGAAGCGGCUUGAGGCAGCUGACCACGUCUUCUUCCUUGUGUAUGUCGCCAGCGUGCUGUGUACCCAGGUCAUCUUUGUUGCCAUCUGGAUAUGGGCAACAUGCAAGUCAGACCCACCCCCUGGGAUGGACGGCCCCCACGGUGGGCAGCCCAGCAUGUGGCAUGGUGGCCUGGAGCAGCUGAUCUCAGGACAAAGAGUGGGUUCCUGAGGCUGGGGGGGUGGGGCCUGCCUGGGCAUGGUCUCAGGAGAGAGGGGAGGGGGACCCCCUCAAGUCUGCCUUGGGUGAACAUAUGUGUAGUGUGAAAUAAACCUGU